AUGGCCAGCCACGUUGGCACACACGCAAAAAAACACAUGCUUGCAUACAUGAUGAUAAGGUUUCGUCGUAUUCUAGGUCUUCUCUUCCGAAGCAUGCACGUGUAUUCGGCUCAUUUUGACAAUACUUCCGCUGGCCGAAGCCCACCUGGGCGAGGCUCGAAUGCCGGUUGUUUCACACUCGUGGACGUAGCCUCUACAACGGCAUUUGUCACAUCUUCGUAUGAAGUUCAACACACUUCUGGCUCUCUUCUGGUGCACAAUGGACGAAAAGCAACCGGGGCCUCAGCAUCACAUCUGCUCGGAAGAGGAUGCGCCUAUUCGAUGUCCGGCCAUCCCAACGACUCGGACCAUACCGCGAGAAUCGGCUGA